GUCAUUUGACAUUUCAUUUCAUUUUUAUAGGGGAGGAUGAUCGCGGUGGUCUCGUCUAUUUUGUUGUAAAAAAUAUCUAAAUAAAGUGCAGUGAGUGAACUAGUGCCCGUACCGUUUUAACGAUAAUAAUAGAGCGUGAUCCGUUAUAGCAAAAAUGUUUAGUUGGCUCAAGAAGGAAGGCGAAAAGUCGGAAAGCAUCGAAAAUGUCGUGGAAGGGCUCAAAAGGAUCUACAAAACGAAAUUAUUGCCGUUGGAGCUGCAUUACCAGUUCCACGACUUCCACUCACCACAGCUCGAAGACCCGGACUUUGAUGCGAAACCGAUGAUCCUACUCGUCGGCCAGUACUCGACCGGUAAAACGACGUUUAUAAAGUACUUGCUCGAGAGAGACUUCCCCGGCAUUCGCAUCGGUCCUGAACCGACAACCGAUAGAUUUAUCGCAGUUAUGUUUGAUGAAAAAGAGGGCGUAAUACCCGGCAACGCACUCGUCGUCGACCCGAAAAAACAGUUCCGACCGCUCAGUAAAUUCGGUAACGCGUUCCUGAACAGAUUCCAGUGCUCAACAGUGGCGUCGCCGGUGCUGCGCGGCAUCUCCAUCGUGGACACGCCCGGUAUCCUGUCCGGAGAGAAGCAGCGUGUAGACAGAGGAUAUGACUUUACUGGAGUGCUGGAAUGGUUCGCGGAACGCGUCGACCGCAUCAUACUGCUGUUCGAUGCUCACAAGCUCGACAUAUCGGACGAGUUCCGGCGCAGUAUCGAGGCGCUGAGAGGUCACGACGACAAGAUACGCAUUGUGCUGAACAAGGCCGACAUGAUCGACCAUCAGCAGCUGAUGCGCGUGUACGGUGCGCUCAUGUGGUCUCUGGGCAAGGUGCUGCAGACGCCGGAGGUGGCGCGCGUGUACAUCGGCUCGUUCUGGGACCAGCCACUCCGGUACGAUGUCAACAGGCGGCUGUUUGAGGAUGAGGAACAGGACCUCUUCAGAGACAUGCAGUCAUUACCAAGGAAUGCCGCAUUACGUAAACUGAAUGACCUCAUUAAGAGAGCUCGGCUAGCCAAGGUGCAUGCUUAUAUAGUCAGUGAGUUGAGAAAAGAAAUGCCCUCCAUGUUUGGCAAAGAUGGCAAGAAGAAAGAGUUGAUCAAGAACUUAGGGCAAGUGUAUGACCGCAUCCAGAGAGAACAGCAGAUAUCUCCUGGAGACUUCCCUGAUAUAAAGAAAAUGCAGGAGACCCUGGCUAACCAUGACUUCACAAAGUUCCACCCACUCAAACCCAAGCUGUUGGAGGUGGUGGAUCACAUGCUGGCCACCGACAUUGCACGACUCAUGGACAUGAUCCCACAGGAGGACGUCAACAUUGUCUCCGAGCCACUCAUCAAAGGUGGCGCGUUCGAAGGCGUGGAAGACCAGGUGUCGCCGUUCGGGUACGGGCGCGGCGAGGGUGUGGACGCCGGCCACGGCGACCCUGAAUGGAUCUGCAGCAAGGAGAAGCCACACUACGACGAGAUCUUCAAGACGCUCAACCCCAUCGACGGGAAAGUGACCGGCGCCGCGGCCAAGACGGAGAUGGUGAAGUCGAAGCUGCCCAACUCGGUGCUCGGCAAGAUCUGGAAGCUAUCGGACAUCGACAAGGACGGGUUCCUCGACGAGGAGGAGUUUGCGCUCGCCAUGCAUCUCAUCAAGGUGAAGACCAACGGGCACGACCUGCCCCCCGAGCUGCCCUCCCAUCUGGUGCCGCCCUCCAAGCGGAACUGAGAGCUGCCGCUGCACCUCCACCACUGCCCCUCCCGCCCGCCGCAUCACCUGCGCCCGCACGCAUUGUACUGGUUUCGAUCACAAAUCAGUACACAUGGUGUGCCCCCGGUUACUCACGGUUUCGUAUUUGUUUCGCUGCGGCUCGUACCGAAGCCCCGGCUCCGGACCUCGCCUCCCCCCUCUCUUCACACACUUCCUGUGAUUAGUAGUGGAGUAGUCUGCUUUGUAGCACUUACGACUCGCGUGUGCGGGGUUGCCACCGGUUGAAUUGUCAAUAACUAUGGAUUCGGUUUCCUAAGAACCAAGUAUAUAAAAAUGCUGAGAUAAAAUUUUAUAUUUGAAUAUUUUAUCUAUGAGUGGCAGCUCUAUGCAUGUAGUCUGUUAUUUGUAAACUUUGUGGAGACCAAAGUGGGUGCAUGUUGUCUAAUCGCGAAUCAGCAGUCGCCGGUCGCUGAGGACGACCUUCUUUACAAAUCAACCAAACCGACCGAUUAAUUACAUAACUGGUUGGCGACAUCGCAGGCCGCUUGUGAAAACUAUUACAAUAGGAUUUACAUAAUUAUUCGGAAAGUGCGCGCUUCUAUAUAAAUUGGAAAGUUUGUCGUAAAUAUUUGAGAGUUUAGUGUGAAUGUUUAAUAACGCUGAGUGGGAGAGGGCGGCGCAGGGCGACGUCUUGUACCAAAUUGUCACGAGUGUAGUUCUCGUCUGAGAUGAAAUGGCGUCCAACAAUCACUAACGAUUUAAUACUAGCUUUAUUUAAUUGGUGUCAAAGGAGGGCUAUUAUUAAAAAAAAACUAAAAUCAGCAUUUAAGGUUUUACCUGUAUCAAAGUAUUUCGCCUGAGUAUUGUGCUGGACUCGGGAACAUGACGUCAUUUCAACUCGGACGACGUUAUGUCUGUACAACACUAUACAAAGUGCUACUGCGUUACUGCGGCUAAUGUUUUAAGCAUUUUAUAUUGAAAUUGUUUUUCGGGGCGUUCGAAAUGUUUAUAUAAAGACGUAUUUAUAAAAUUGUUAAUAUUGUUCAAAAUUGUAGUGCGUUCAGCUGCAUCCAAUGAAUUAGCUUUAUUUUUUACUUAAUGUACUGUUAUAUUCAACUGAGAGCGUAACCGCGACCGCAACAACUUCAUACCGCUUUUGUCAUGUACCGCGAACAACAAAAUUAACUUUCAGUCAAUUCAAAAUUAAUAUUGUGUAUAGUCCUAAUAUCAACAUGUACCGACCUUUGGCCAGAAUAUUAACGUUUUUUUAUUUCGGCAAAUAAUUAGCAAUGUAACUAUGCAUACAGCAUUGUGACAUAAUAUUAUAUAAUGUUGUUUUCGGUAGCGCCGUGAAGUUGCCUGCGAGUCGGUAGAGUGAAGUGUAAUGGCGGCCGCCGGUCGCCGUUGUGUUGUCAGUUGUGUCGCGCGGUAUGCAGCGACGUCGCGAGACCGCAGUAUAAAUUAUUGUUAAACAAACGUUUAUGAUUAUUUUAAGUACAUCUAUUGUUUGUUAAGAUCAUCUUAAGGUUUCAUUAUUUAACACCUCUUCAACAUUUUAUUUUUGUUUUAGAGUUAUUUACAUGUCGCCUGUAACGAUAACAGAUGUUUUAUUUUGCAUAAUCAUUUAAAAAUAUUUUUCUAUUUAUUAUCAAAUUUAAUAAUGUUUAAAUUCGUUUAUUCGUUCCUAUUAGUGAUGAUUGCGAUCAUACAAACAUUAUUAUAAGUUUUAUAAAGGCAAUACUUACCGUGUAUGAUUUAGAUUCAUGUCAAUAAGUGCUUUCACUCGCUUUUUUACUGCAUUUAUUUGUUAGUUGAAGUUCGGUGCCUUCGCUGCGUGUAUCAGCUUGUGUGCUGGUGCUCAACAUCAUUGGUAAGGAGUGAGGAGUGAGGAUGUAAGGCCGACACCGUCAGUGUUCCCGCGCUUCCACCGUCACGUCACUACACCUACUUAUGUCUAGACAGUAUCACACAAAAAUAUUAAAGGGAAUGUUAUAUGCACUAACUGGUAUGAGAAUGAGGUGUCAGAUAGCAUACAUAACAUCUGAACUGUAUGCGUGGUAUGGUGCGGGAACACCGGCCGGGGAAUGUUGAAUAUAACAACAUUUUCGCGUGGGUUUGUGUAAAUACAUGGUGUUUAUAUCGAUAUUGGUGUCGCCAGCCCGCGCGUGUUACCGCGUGUUGUCGCGUGUUACCGCGUGUUGCCGCGUGUUACUGCGUGUUGCCGCGUGUUACCGCGUGUUGUCGCGUGUUACCGCGUGUUGCCGCGUGUUACUGCGUGUUGCCGCGUGUUACCGCGCGAGGACGCGACGCGGGUGGCGCCACGAGUUUUUACAUUUUGCUACUAUGUGUACAUAAAGAUAUGUAAAUUGAUUACAAUUAUCGUAAAUUAUACAUAGUGUGUAAUAAAUAGUUAAGAAAGCACA